AUGAGGCAUGUCAACAGCAGUGAUUUUCAGCCUUUGCUACUUUCUGGUUUUCCUGGCUUGGAACUUUAUCAUCCUCAGAUUUCAAUCCUCUUCUGUGUCUUGUAUCUUAUUGCGAUGAUGGGCAACAGCACCAUCAUCAUAGUGAUCUGGGCGGAAAAGUCACUCCAUGAACCUAUGUACUUCUUUCUUUCCAUGUUGGCAGUCAGUGACCUGGGCCUCUGCGCUUCCACCUUGCCUACAAUGCUUAGGCUAUUUUGGUUUAAUGUGCGUGAGAUACACUUUGAUGCAUGUCUUGUUCAGAUGUACUUUAUCCACAUCUUCUCCAUGAUGGAGUCAGGUAUCCUAUUGUCUAUGGCUUUUGAUCGCUAUGUGGCCAUAUCCAAUCCUCUCAGAUACGCUGCCAUCCUAAACAGUUCCACCAUUGUGAAAAUAUCAGUAGGGCUUCUACUGCGGGCCAUCCUUCUUCUUCUUCCAGCCCCCAUCCUCAUUAAGCAACUCAACUUUUGUGAGGCCAAUGUGCUUUCCCACUCCUACUGUCUACAUCCAGACAUUAUUAAGCUCUCCUGUUCUGAUCACCAUAUUAACAGCUUCUUAGGACUUACUGUAGUUAUCGUUACAUUUGGUCUUGAUUCUGUGCUCAUCCUGUUCUCCUAUGUGAAGAUCUUGGCCACCGUUCUGGGUAUUGCCUCCCAGGAAGAACGACUCAAAGCUCUUAAUACCUGUGUUUCCCACAUCUGUGCUGUUCUGUUGGUCUAUGUCCCUAUGUUGGGAGUGUCUGUCAUUCACCGCUUUGGAAAUCAUCUCCCAGCAGUGGCUCAUGUCAUCAUGGGCUAUGUCUAUUUGUUGGUUCCUCCUGUGCUCAACCCAGUUGUCUACUGCAUCAAGACCCAUGAGAUACGGAUUCACCUUCUGAAUAUUUUCAAGAAGUUAUCAAAACAUGGAUAA